AAAAAGAUGCAAUUGUCGGAAUUGCCCAAGUUUGUGCGGAUUGACAGUUAACACAACAUUAAAAUUAAAUGACAAUAAUAAACGUAAUUACCGAACAAAGCUCAGUUCAUAUGGCACAAAUUGGUUUCCGCCGGAGUUGGAGGUGACUAGCCACGAAGUCCAUUAGAAAGUAGGAACACCGCCUCCUCCGUCUCCUUCCCAAACAUCCACAUGUGGCGCAAACUCCCCCACCACCAACACAGAGGAGAGAGACGGGGGGAGAGAGAGAGGGAGACAGACAGAGAGAGCUCCCGUCUCCUUGAUGAAAGGGUGAGAUUGUCCCAACACUUGUGUACGGAUGAGAUAUGAGGAAACCUCGAAAUGGGUUCGGAAGCCUGAAAUGCCGUAGCAGCAAAACCAGCAAGCACAGAAGAAGGAACGGCGAAGAAGACGACAACCGCAACAAGAGCAGAGGACGAAAUAGCUUUGGGGAGCUUUCUUUGUCUUUGAUUUUCCCGCUUUGGUGUUUUGUCUUCUUGGCUCACUCUACGCUUGGCUGCAGGCACGGUGAUGAAGAUUCUAAAUACGCAGUGCAGGAAAUGAGUAGAUUAGAAGGAACCGUCUCGAGUGUUUUAGGUUACACUGAUUUAAUAUGUGAAGCACGACAACCAGUUGUACAAAAGAGAAAAGAACCAGAACAAUCACCAAAUGGGAGAACUCUUCCUGCAUAUCUCAAUCUCGAUGAGUUCCGAAACAUCACAAGGCAAGAAAAAGGUAGGGGAAUGCCUACUCAGCUAGUGAACAUUACCCACCGGCUUGAACCCGAUGGAACAGAAUACAAUUAUGCGUCUGCUUCUAAGGGUGCAAAAGUGGUGGCUCAUAAUAAGGAGGCCAAAGGAGCAAGUAAUAUAUUAGGGAAGGAUCAUGACAAGUACCUGAGAAACCCUUGUUCUGUAGCAGAGAAGUUUGUUGUGAUUGAGCUUGCGGAGGAAACUCUGGUUGAUGCCAUUAAAAUUGCAAAUUUUGAACAUUAUUCUUCAAAUUUCAAGGAGAUUGAAUUGUCUGGCAGUCUAAUUUACCCGGCUGAAACUUGGUUUUUACUGGGGAAAUUUGUUGCUGCAAAUGUUAAGCAUGCUCAGAGCUUUAAACUGCCUGAACCCAAAUGGGUGAGAUACUUGAAGUUGAAUUUACUUAGUCAUUAUGGAUCAGAAUUCUAUUGUACACUCAGUGUUCUAGAGGUGUAUGGUGUUGAUGCAAUUGAGCGGAUGCUCGAAGAUCUCAUCGUAGCUUCUGAAGAUUCUGUGCCCAGUAAAUUAUUGAAGGCUAAUUCAAGCGUAAUGCCUUCUCUAAAUUCAGCACCUGCUCUGAAUGAUGGAAAAACAAAUGGUGAAGUCCAAAAUGGGGUUGUCACAUUUGGUGAAGGGACAGAGAACAUCACUGAUCUGCAAAGGAUCAAUGUAGAUGUGAAGAGUCCAGUGACUGUGAACAAUAUUCCUGUUCCAGUAAUGGAAGUUAGACAUCAGCCUAAUGGCAGAGUACCCAGUGACACUGUUCUGAAGAUCUUAAUGCAGAAGGUGAGGUCUCUUGAGUUGAACCUAUCUGUGCUGGAGGAUUAUCUCAAAGAGCUUAACCGGAGGCAGGCAGAUAUCUUUCCGGGGCUUGAAAAGGAGCUAAUAAGAAUUUCGUCGCUCCUAGAGAAAAGCAGAAAAGAAAUGAAGGAUCUCAUGGAAUGGAAGGAGAUUGCGGAGAAAGGGAUCACUGGCCUUGAGUCAUGGAAAACUGUUGUCAGUUCUCAAGUUGAUGCACUGGUCAGAGAAAAUAGCAUGCUAAGACUAGAUGUCAAUAAGGUCGUAAAUGAUCAAGCAAGCCUGCAAAAUAAGGAGGUUGCUGUCCUGGUGUUGAGUUUUUGCUUUGCAUGUGCUGCCAUUUUCAAGCUAGUUUCAGAUCAUGUACUGACAGUUUUUGGUGCCUCUCACUCUGGAAAACAAAGACGAAAGAAAAGGAGAAAAGCUAAACCAAUUAAGCAACUGCAACAACAUGCAAAAACCAGCAAGUAAUUGAAGUUGCAAACACUCUGGAGGGUGAUCCUAAGUGAUGAGGGGCUCAUCUUGAAUUGCACCAAUUUUGACCAAUUUGUUAGGACUAGUAUUUCCUUCUUAAAAGACAAGAGGAACAUUAAUCUCUCAAUGUCUCAUCAGUAAUUCCUAGAUACCUAGGAUAAGAGUAGCCUGAGGAUGUACAAGGGCAUUUGACUGUUUGAGAAUUCUAAUUGCUUUUUUUAAGUUGGAUUCUCUGUAUAAUGGUAUUUGACCCUUUAUAUCAUAGUUCAUAUACUUUUAGGGCGUGUUCAUCAAACUCAUUCACUUAACCUUCUUUGAUUUCAAAAUUUUAACUUGUGGAGGAAUGUGAGAAUUUUCUUGAGUUCGAAUUGUGUUUUAUAAACACAAUUUAAUAAAAUUUUAUGAUUACUUAUA